CUCUCCCCGUGUGCCCGUCACGGCCGGCGGGCGGGAUCUCCGGGGGAGGCGCUGCCGAGGCCGCGGGGAGGGCGGCCCAAGGUCGGAGCGCGGGGCGGCGGGGCCAGGCCUGGCGCUGUCCGCAGAUGGAGUACGACUGGCUGGGCUUCGGCUACGCGGCGCUGGUGGCGGCGGGCGGCGUCGUUGGAUACGCCAAAGCAGGCAGCGUCCCUUCUCUAGCUGCUGGCCUUCUCUUCGGUGGCUUAGCAGGGCUAGGAGCUUACCAGCAGUCCAAAGAUCCAAAGAAUGUGUGGCUUUCCCUUGUGGCAUCUGGGACCUUGUCUGCUGUUAUGGGAAUGAGAUUUUACAACUCCAGAAAACCAAUGCCUGGGGUAGUUGCUGGCGCCAGUUUACUGAUGGUUGGACGGCUUGGACUGCAGCUCAUGGAAAAGCCUCUUAAGCCAUAAGUCUAUGUCAAGUCACUUGAAGACAUGUGAUUGAGAAGCCUGAAAAUGCAACUGCCUAAAUGUGCUACACAAAAGUGGGAAAGGCACUGCUACCUGUGCACUGUACUUUUUAUAUCCUAAUAUGUGGGUUGUCUUUUUAAAGGGCAAGCAUUCAGAACCCUUGUUAUGUGUUCCAAACUAGUAUUCGUCUUAACAUUUUUCUGCACUUUGAAGCAAGAAAAUAUGAUUAUAGCAUUGGUUUAGCCUGUGGUCCUGCAGCUUACUGUAGGCAAACAUCUCUCAGCACAUGCACGAAGACAGUUGCAGGAUUGAAGCUUAAAUGUACUAAUCUGGAUUUACCAUUGUAAAAUCAUCUAUACCCCUAAACCAGUGGGUGAAGAGGUGCUAGCUUAUCACUAGUAACUAACAUAACAAAUGUACUUAUUGUGUUACUUCUCCCUUUCUGUUCAUCCACUCAUGAUGUUUGCCAGCCAGGGACUUUGUUCUUCCAGCACUGUGUGUUAGAGCCAGGUCCCACAAAACGCAAUCAUGGAGCAAGCUGUCAAUGUAAUGCAUGCAAACCUGUUACUUGCAAUUACUUGUAAACAAAAGUGCCCAGCUAAAUGUAAUUUGUUUCAUUUUUACAAUUACUAUUCAUAAACCAGAAAAUAUGCUUUAUUAGAUAAUGCUGAACUGCUAGCACAGCUCUGGCAUUUAAUGAGCAUUAGAAUGUUAUUCUAAAUAAACUAACAAAUUAUUAUUACAA